AUGCUUUUUUCUCAAGAACACAAUUUAAUUUUAACUAAUGCCGAAGCUGAUAAAUAUUAUAGUGAAGCUGAUGAAAUGGAUAGAAAAAUGGUCAAAGUUGAUGAAGAAAAUGAUGAAGAAAUUGAUGAAGAACCUGAUAAAGAACCUGAUGAAAAACCCGAUGAAGAAGCUGAAGAGCUAGAACAAGCUAAUAACUUAAAUGAUGAUCUAUUUCAAGAUUUUAAUCAUAGACCAUUGAUUGAUACUGAAGAAGAAUGUCCAAUAAAUGAUGAAAUUUUAGAGGAAGAAUCUUCAAAAUUUGAAGGUUUUGACAGAGAAAUCUUUAAAUAUCCCAACUUUUGCAAAGAAGAUGUUGUUACAAAUAUUCGAUGUUUCUGUAAAUGGAGAUAUAAACUACCUUUUCUUCAAGUAAGGCAGCACAAUGUAUUGAUUUAUGAACAAAAAGCACCAUCCACACUUUCAUCUACUAAAAAAGCAUUUGUCAUAUCACCUUUGGCAUAUUUGGAACGUGUACUAAAUAAUCUGACACUCAUGUCUAAAAUGUAUAUUGGACCCAGUAUGGUUAAAAAAGAAAAGAUUGAAUUUUGGUAUGAAGAUCUCUGGCAAGAUUCUCCACUUUUUGGAGAACAUGAAAUAAAAUUAGAUAGAGUUUAUAAAUUAAAAGUUGACCAGCUUUUGCAAAAUAAAAAUCUUCCUAAUUACCAUUCUAACAGCAUUCGGCAUAGUCGUGGAAAUAAUAAAGAGUUGUGGCUGGUUGAAAAUGAUCCUAUAUUCAUUGACCCAGCAGAUAUUAGCCGAUGUGUUAUUGUGUGGCUCUGUGACCUGACGGAGUCUAAGCAUUACGAAUUUUAUACUCAGGAAGUUGUAUACUAUUUUGGUGGCCACUGGAGAUAUCAGGAUAUUUCCAAAAGGUAUCAAUUACCUUGUGAGUUUGAUGAGUUUAUCAAACCUGUGCUCAAUGACAUAAAACAAUUAGAGAAUGGGAUUAUUAUAAAUACAAUAUAUCGAAGCACUUGGGUUGUAGGUAGACUCGGGUGUGUUACUGCAGAUCUACCUCAAGGUAAUAACCUUGCGGAUGUUAAAAGACACGGAGCUAAUCACAGAUGCCGAACUUGCAGUAUUCCAAAGAAAACAAACAAAGAAUACUUGGCUACUGAAUAUAGUUUGACAACAUCUCCUGGACCUUUUAAUAUUCUUAUGUGGGAUCAGCACAUGCAGAUCCCACAGGAUAUCUAUCAUUCGAUGGGAGGCAAAGCUAGAACUUUGCUAGAUGUGACAUUAAAUAUACUUAAUGUUAGUGGCGAG